CAACUACAACUUGGAUUUAUCAAUGUUAAAACCUGCCACAAUGUUGAUUGUGCAAAAGUUUAGAUGUUAAUGCCAUCUUGCACUGAAGCCACUUAAAGGACUGACAGAAGUCAGACAGAUGCACAAUCUUUCAAUCAGAGCAGGAAACUGCUCGUCAUGUGAUCUUUUGAUGAAAAAGACUUGCGAGCACUUGAAGCAGGAGAGUGAAAAGUCAUGACAGCGCCGCAGAUGUCUGGGUGUGUGUCCACCAUCAUCCCGACCGUCCUCAUCGUCCAGUUUCUGCUGAUGAGCGUGAGAGGAGAUGGAGCAGAUUCUGGAGAAGAACUAGACCUCCGCUAUGUUUUUAUCGGCACUGGGGUCGGCGUGGUCUUAGCCGUGAUAUUUGUGAUCUACAAGCUGUGCCUCAUCAGGAAACAAGCGCUCGCCAGCAGCACAGGUGGGGAGUCAGCUGAAGUGAUUGGGAGGGAUUCAAGAAGAGGAAUGUCGUUGUGACACCAGGUCAUGGACUGCAGAUGAAAAUUAGCCAUUUGACCAACUCUAAUUUUUUAUUACUGUAUGUAUAGUCCAUGCCCAUUAAACCAGUAAAUA